AUGUGGGCUUCGGCCAUGUUCUGCUUUUAAAUAAGGAAGAAGCGGGAGGCGUUAAUGCAACUUUGUGUACUCAAUAUCUCAUUCACAGUAUCUCUUACGGUUUCUGAGAAAUUCGAGUCAGUUAGGAAAAAAUAUCCACAACAGAUACUAACACACGGGUAACUCGUUAGACCUCGCUUAACCAUAGAUAUAAUUAAUACUGGGCUGGCUUCUCGCGCGUUAGCAGUUGGUUAGCUGGUUGAGCUAACGAUCAGCGGUGUGGGUUUAUCUGGACUGGUUCAUUCGUGUUCAAGUGAAGGAUUCAGCUACUUUUAAUCUAACAAAGCUGGUUAGCAGUGGCAUGCGGAUGAAGGGCAGAGGGAGCCCGCGUUUGGGACUGCGCUGACAGCCCUGAGGACUUAUCCCGCUAAAAUAAAGGCUUUCAGACUUUCAUCAUGUUUAAUAAGUUCUACGAAUGGAUCGGAACCGGCUUCGCCAGUCUGCGAAACGGAGCUCCAGCUGGUACUGUUCAUGCCGGUUCGGUGAGAGUGGAUCAAGACGGGACAUUACGAAGAAAAAGACCAAUAGACAGUUUGGAUGAUGGAGAUGCAGUUGAUCAGGAGGAGGAGAGGGUGGUGAAGAAAUUCAGAAUGGGAGACUUUAUGGAUACGGUGAAAAAUGCAGCUGAAGGAGUGAAGACCCAUGGUUCGAGUGUUGCGUUUUGGGUGAAGAACAGUGUCACACCUAACUCUAGGAACAUGCUGCCGGCAUCGCCGGGUCCACCUCAAACAGGAAUACCAUCAGAACCUGCAGACAAUUCUGCUGCAUCAGCAUCUUUGUGGGCGGAAAACAAGUUUGGGGAUCGGUCACAUGAUAUACUUGAGGCUCCAUCAUCCAAUACAUUUGUGGCUCCAUCUAGUUCAGUUGAGUGGAAGACAGUCACAAAAUCUGACUCCUUAAGGAUGGAGCAUUCUGUGACCAUAUCAAAAACUAGCAGAAGACAAGUUUGUAUGGACCAUUCACCCCACGAGACGCAUAAAGCUAACGGACACUCGGUUAAUUUACCUGCUGCCUCCUCGCCAAAACCAUCCCCCUCUCCCCGCUUGGGCAGGUCCCUGUACCACCGACCACACAGUUUGCUGUCAUCUGUGGAGACCAGUUCAGGAAAAGCCAAUUAUACCAGCCUGUAUGAGAAGACAUUUCCCAUCCGAGUGGUCCAGAGUCCUUCACAUGGUAACUCAAGCCGUCUCCGGACCAGAGCCCGCUGUACAGCACAGGAGUCUGUGCGUCAGGAGGAAAAGGAGGUUUAUAGGCAGCUCCUAGCCAUGGUCUCCGGUGGCCAGUCGACCUUCCUUCACGAUGGAAGUUCUCACUCCAGCAUUCGCUCGCAUCGAGAUUUCUCCAGCUUCCUGUCGUCCAGUCGAAGUUUUCUUCAGUGUGCCUCUCCAGCAGGCUCCGGUGCUGGUGUUUCGUCCUACGGGUUAUCCAGUCUGCCUCCCAGCCCCCAGCCUGGGUCCAGUCAGGCUUCCAGUGCCCUACCCAGUCCUGGUGCAGCCUCUAGCAUUCCAGAGCCUCAGCUGUGGGCCCAUGACCUUGAGCCCAGCACUAAAAGACCAGCUGUUCCCUCAGCUCCAUCACCAGCUGCCCUUCAGGAUACCUCCUCUCAGGACACACAGUCAUCAGCUCACGAUGGAGACUCAGUCAUUUUUGUAAAGGAGCAACAGGGCAAGAAGCCUGGGAGCUCGAGUGUGCCGUGCUUCCAGGCUGAACUGUGGAUCAAAGAACUGACUAGCCUCUAUGACUCUCGAGCUCGGGAGCGACGGAGGUUGAUUGAAGAGCAGGAGGCUCUAGCCUCUCAGCUCCUGCGCCAGCGUCUCUCUGGAGAGGGUCGAGCCACCCCAGUGAGUGUUGAGCUGAAGGUUCGAGUCCCUCUAGAGAAGGAGGUUCCUGUUGCAGCUGUUAUCAAAGAGCCUCAACCUAUUAAAGAGGAGCAAGAAUUCCCAGAGUUAACAGAGGACAUGGAGAAGGAGGUGAGCAGAGCUCUGAGAGGCGGCAGUCAAGAUGAGGUUCUCAGCAAGGGCUUCCGCCUCACCAUCACCAGGAAGGACCUGCAGACGCUCAACCACCUCAACUGGCUCAAUGAUGAGGUUAUUAAUUUCUACAUGAACAUGCUUGUGGAGCGCAGUAAACAGCCCAACCUGCCCUCCGCUUACACCUUCAACACCUUCUUCUUUCCCAAGCUGCGGAGCUCCGGUUACUCUGCUGUCCGUCGCUGGACUAAGAAAGUGGACAUCUUUUCUGUAGACAUCAUUCUGGUGCCUGUCCACCUGGGGGUGCACUGGUGCUUGUCUGUGGUGGAUUUUCGUAAGAAGAGCAUCACUUACUUUGAUUCUAUGGGAGGAAACAACGAUGAGGCCUGCAGGAUUUUAUUAAAAUAUCUUAAACAAGAAAGUGAAGACAAGAAGGGGCAGAACUUGGAUACCUCAGAAUGGACUCUAAAAAGUAAAAGACCCAAUGAGAUCCCUCAGCAAAUGAAUGGAAGUGACUGCGGAAUGUUCACAUGCAAAUAUGCUGAAUACAUCACCAAAGACCGACCAAUCACAUUCACACAGAAACACAUGCCCUAUUUCAGAAAACGAAUGGUAUGGGAGAUCCUGAACCAGAAACUGUUGUGAUUGGACACUUUGCGUGUGUGUGUGUGUGUGUGUGUACAGAACAUAUUUUGAUGUGUCGUAUGGAUAUGAGGGCUCCUGUGCACUUCAGGAACCCCGAGACAAAUAUGGGAUGCCCUCAAUCACUGGUCAUUUCUAUGCCGUCUAAAUGAAACAAGGGAAAUCCUCAUGCACCUAAAGGACACAGUCUCAGCCUUUAAGAGUCAGGGCAAUGGAUUUUUGCUCUUUUAUAGUUCCCUAUAACUUGACAUGCUUUUGCUUAGCCAGCUAAUGUUUGACUGACUAUGGAAGGAUGUUAUUUUCAUAUAUUUUCAAUCUUUUCUUGUGCUACCAUUCAUCUGCAGUUACUGUCAAUACAUGGUCUGUCUUAAGAUGGAUUCAAAUGAUUUGUUUCUGUUAUUUGGCACAGAGUGUACUUGAUCUCAAGUCAUCUGAAGUCAUAAAUGUUACAGUAAUAUUACAGAGUUUUAUGCUGAUCUUUUUUCACUCUAUUACUAGUAAAACAGCUGGAAAUGACAAUCACAGACUCACUCAGUGGUUUUGUAAUGAAAAAGUUUACUUUGUGACAUUUGAUACCUGUAUGUUUUAUAGAGAAACUGUUAGUAGCUUAGUUUUCUUUUAAAAAAAAAAAAAAAAAAAAAAAAAAGGCUCAAUUAGAGGUCUUUAGGAUGUCUGCAUUUUUGGAAAGACACCAUUUAAGUGAGAUUUGUGGUUCCUCCUUUUUCCUAGGGGUGAUAAAAAGCUCUUGUGCUGCAAUGCUUUUGACUUCAGUAUGUCUUGGGAUGGAGUUCUGCCUUCACUGGCAUGUUUAUUUUUAUCAGUAUUUGCUGCCUCUGAAUAUUUGAGGAGUCUUCUGACAUUUUUUGGCAUCUUGUGGACAGACUGCACUUUUUGCAUAAUCUUCAAAACCCAGCAGCACCAUCUUUUUUUCCUGUUCUUUUGUGUAAGAGAAAACUAUUUUUUGCAACUGUUUCUAAAAAAUUUUCUGCAGGAUAUUGACAAAUAUUGUAUAUACAGUGACUAUACGGUAAAAUUGAAGACAUAUUUAAUACUCAUUUUGUACCUUUUAUUAUCUGUUUUUGUAUGUUGAACAGAUCUUACCAGAAAUAAAUUCCUGAGGUUA